AUGGGGGAUGAUCCAGCCUUUGCAGGGGAGGAGGUGCCUCCGGAGGUGGUGGCGAAGAUGAGCGAGGAGAACGAGCGCCUAAAACGGGAAGUUGUGGUGAUGAAGGAGAAGCACGAAAAGGAGAAGUCCAUGCUUGAGAUGCAGGUGAAGAGCCACCGCUCCGCGGCUGAGCUGGAGGCGCAGAGCGUGCGGGAGAAGGUACAAGAUCUGGAGAAGAUGAAGAUGCAGAUGGUGCAGCUCACGCGCAAGCUGGACGACGAGGUCAGUGCCAAAGACCAGGUCUUGGGGGAGACCCACCGGCUGGAGCGGAAGCUGCAGGAGCUGUCCAUGGGUCACACGGCAACGGCCAGUUCUACCAGCAAGGACCAGUCACAGGAGGUGAAUCUGCGGGAGCGAACCAGCCAGGUUUCAAUGAAGCUGAUGAGAGUGGUGGACCAAUGGAUGCACCACAAAGACCUACAGCAGGCGCUGCUGCGGAACGCGGCCAUCAACGAUGUGGCCUUUGGCACUUUGGCGCAAGCUCUGGUGGACUGCCCCUCGCUGCAGACGCUGGACCUCUCGCAGAACCUGCUCACUAUGGACUCGUGCUCCGACCUGUGCCAGCUGAUAACCACAGCGCCGAACCUUUCCUUUAUCUCCUUGGCCGAGAACUUGUUCUCGCUUCGCUGCAUCGGGUACUUCAUGACGGCCAUCAUGGAGCGUCAGACCACCAAGCGCCUGGUGCCGCUGGACUUGCUGGACCUCCAAGGCAACGAGGGCCUGCAAGUGGCGCUGGCCGCUGCCCCGCCUCAGGACCUGGUGGCGAAGCUGCGGGAGGUGUCUGAAGCGCCUACGGCGCAAGUGCUGUGCCAGUCUCCGGCGGUGGAGCUGGCUGCCCACGUGAUGCGCGCGCUUUGGCGCUUUUUGCAGGACACGCAGCACCCACAGGUGCGAUCGGCAGGCGACACCAUCGCCUUUGAGACCCUGGACAGAGUCACACUGCACAAGAUGGACAACGCCUUGUUGAAGAUCCUCUUGCUGGCCGCCGAUGAGACCCUGGGCCGAGACAGCAGCACGCCGGUGACGGCCAACGUGGUCCUGCUGCCCGCGAUCGUGCAAUUGGUUGCCAGGCCGCCGGAAGGCCGGAAGGUCUCGUCGAGGGAGGUGCAGGAGCCGCCCUCCGCGGCGACGGCUUCACUGAUUGUUCCGGGCCGCGCCAAGCGAGCGAAGCCUUCGAAGACUUCCCCGGAGCCGGAGGUGAAGGUCUCGGACCCCUUCGCGGACCUCAAGACGGCCUUCGAGCCGGUGAAGGAGAAGGCAACAACCUUCAACCUGAAGCAGAUCGUGACGAGGACAGGCACGGUGCUCAUGAACAUGUUGGAGCGCUUGUUGGAGACCACGGACAUCAACGCCACCGACGUGGAGACCAAUAUGACGUUGCUGGAGUUCGCGUGCAACAGCGGGAACCUGGGCCUGGCGAAGCUGUGCUACCGCAGGGGCGCACGGCUCAUGGGCAAGACGGCGAAGGGGGAGACCGCCUUCAACAUUUGCACCAGGAACAAGCGCUACGACAUGAUGGAGUUCCUGCACAUCUACGGUGUGAAGAUCAACAGCGCUGACUCGGACGGAAGGACCGCGCUGCAUGUGGCGGCCCAGAACAAUGACGUGGACGCGAUCUGCCGGCUACUGGAGUGGGGCGCAGAUGUCAACAUUUGCGACCACCGCCAGCGCACGCCCAUCCACCUCUCGGCGGCGGGCGGCCACACCCCGGCCACCAUGCUGCUGUUGGAGGUGGGCGCAGACAUGAAUGCCAAGGAUGACCGCGAGUACACGGCCAUGGCACACGCAGAGGCGAACAACCACUUCAGCCUCAUGGACCGACUUGUGCAGCUGGGCGCAAGGGGCCACGGGCUGCACCAGAGCCAUACCCUUGGGACGUCCAAGUCCAGCGCCUCGCUGGCGCAGAACCCCCGGCCCGCGGUGUCCGCAGGGAUGCUGAAGAGCACCUCCUUGGGCAGGAUCGGCAAGGUGGUUGUGAAGGGCAUGCCCGGCCCUAUCCUCCCACAACUUGUGAAGUGA